AACUUAAUUAAAUGUUAUAUCUUGAUUUUAUAUUAAUAAAAACUUAAAAAGUAUUAAUUUACCAAUUCGUUUUUUCAAGAUUUUUUUUUUAGAUUUUAGUUUUAUUAUUAAGUUACAAAGAUCUCAUACAAGUUAUUCACAAAAUAAAAAGAAAAUUUAAAAAACUAAUUAAAACUUUUAUUUCAUUAAAAUUUAUAAUUGAAUAUCAAAAAUACAAAAUGGUAUAGUAUAAUAGUAAUAGUGAAUUAAAGCGAAUUCGGAGUUCAGUUAGAAUGUACUUCCUUCUUUACAGUGUAUCUAAUGAGUGAAACGAAAAAUAAUCAGAAAACUAAAAUACUCAAUAAUAUUUAACUCUGCUCCUAAAACAAGCCUCUUGUGAAAAGCUUUUGCAGAUUAGCCUAUCAGGAGCGUUCCAAGUGGACAUUUCAAAACAAAUAUAAAAAUAGAGGAACAAAUUUGCUCUUGAAAUCUAAUCUUGCAUUUCCAUUAUUGAACAUCAAUGUAUCCCAACAGUGGGCUCGCCUAUAAAUACCACCGUUUACAUUUCUUAAAGUACCAGUAGCGAAAUCGAUCGGAGGCGAUGUGUUGUGGUUGUUGCAGUGUGCGCCAGCAAAAGAUCUGGGUAUUCUCCAUGGGGGGCCUGAUCCUGGCGGUUGGGAUUUUUCUGGCCGCAGCCUGGCCCGCGGUAUCUCGGCAAUGGAUUCGUAGUCUUUUGCCUUUGGCUCCCAACUCCUUUAUCUACAAUCGCUGGGUGACCACGCCCAUGCCGCUAUAUAGCACAGUUUUCCUCUUUAACUGGACUAAUCCGGGGGACUUGAAUACAGAGGGCGUUAAGCCCCACUUUGAGCAGCUGGGACCUUACACUUUCAGCGACUUUAAGGUUAAAGAAGAUUUGGAAUGGAAUCAGCCCCAGGUGACCUAUUUCGGCAAACGCACCUGGCACUUUCUGCCGGAUAUGUCAAAUGGAUCGCUGGAGGAUGUAGUUAUAGCCCCACACUUUCCAUCUUUGACAGCUGCUUUGUACUCGCGCCAAUUGCGCCGCAUCCUGCGCAAGGUCAUGAACUUUGCCCUCAAUCGCGAGGGCGGCGCCACCCACAUGACCCACACAGCUGGCCAAUGGCUCUUUGAUGGCUAUUACGACCAUCUGCUUGACUUCGUGGAGCAGCUGCAUUCGCCUCUGCUCCCGAUUUACAACAACACCUUUGGCUGGUUCUAUGAGAGGAAUAACUCCAAGACGGCUGAGGGAAACUUUACAGUGCACACUGGCCGUGGGGAUCUCAGCCAGCUGGGAGAUCUGCUCCUGUGGAAUGGAAGGAACACAACCGGCUUUUAUCCCGGCGAAUGCGGCAAGGUGAAUGGCAGCACGGGGGAGCUCUGGUCGCCGUACAGGGAGUGGGAUCAGCCCACCACCAUUUUCCUACCAGAUGCUGCGCGGUACUUGAACUUGUUUCCCAAGGAAAACCUUACCAUCGACGGCAUAGAUGUUUGGCGCUUUGAGUCCACCAAUCUUACCCUCGAUAAUGGCCAGUUGUCGCCGGACACUGAGUGCUUUUGCCUCAAGAAUCGCGAGUGUCCGCGCAACGGAGUCCUGGAUUACGGUCCUCCCGCCUUCAAUGGCCCGUUCUACAUGUCGCAUCCGCACUUUUUCCUCACAGAUCCCAUGUACAGGGAGAACACCACCGGCCUGCAGCCCGUGGAGUCCCAGCACGGCAUGUAUGUGAUAAUGGAGCCCACUCUUGGAAUUCCGCUGAGCUUGAGGGGGCAGCUCAUGAUUAGCACGAAAGUGGUGCGCGACGAGGCCAUUGACUUGUUCAAGAACGUGGCCUAUGAUCAUCAUGCACCCCUUUUUACAAUGAGAAUGCAUGCGGAAUUAGACGAAGGGCUUAUAAGACUCUUGAAGCUAGCGCUUAAUGCUGCGAAUAUAGGAAUGUAUACAGGAAUUGGCUUAGUUCUUUUUGGAAUUUCGAUAGUCGUAAUUGGAAUAUUCAUCACAAAAAAUAACAAAUGGCACAACGAACAAAAGCCCGACAAACAAGUACAAUGCACUCAAACCUGAUAAGACUGUUAAGGCUAACCAAGCAAUAAAUUCGCUAAUCACUACGAAAAUGUUGGCAUUGUUUAAGGCCAUAAUCAGUCAGGGCUCUUAAAGGCCUGGUCAUAAAAAAUGCAAAUUACGUGCUUGGCAGGAUUAUCCAAUUUACCCCAGGUGUUGCCCAGCUGCAGGCAUCUAGAAUUACACUAAAUUAUGGCCUUUCAAAUAUGCUAAAAUUUAUUAAUAUGUUAA